AUGGUUCUCUCGACUACUAUUGACAAUCCAUUUGAAGUCAUCGAUUCAUUGGAUCAGUUGAACCAAAGGGAGGCAUUACAGCCACGACUAUUCCUUAAGACAACUGACAUCCACUCCAUUCAAAGUAACGCAAAUCCUAUGGAGAGUCGAGUGCUAAACAAAGCGAUGACUAAAAAUGAGACAAAUUAUAUUGAUUACACUCAUUUAGACUUCUACCAAGAUUUAGACCCAUUAAUGGUAACCAUUCGCGACAAUAAGACCCACGUAUUGGUCUCUUCAUUCUUCGACAUCGAGAUUGUGAUGACAAUCAAUCCAUCGCUUUAUAGCCAAACACUUCACGUCUCAGACAAUAAAUACUUUGAUAAGGCGUUUGGUUGGGUACUCCAUAAACAUUGCGAUCCAUAUCUAAUGGGAAUAUACGCCCAUUUCGCACUUCCUGUAGAGAUAGACCCGGACAGGUAUUUGACACUUGAUGGAUAUAACCACACGAGUGCUCCAUAUCUCACAUAUAUUUAUAAAAACGAAGUACAGAUAUCGCUGGACGAACACGAACUCAAUGAUAUGAUUCAGUCAUUCACAGACAUACUGGUGCCUCAUAACUCGCCAUCCAUUUCCAUUAUGGGAGGCUAUUAUCCAAACACUGACUCCAACCCAUGGUUUGGUGUUUUCCAGAUAUACGAUAAUUAUGUAAAUUGA